AUGAAAACUAAAAUCUCCUCUGUACUCGCCCAGUCUGUAUGUGCCUGUACACGUGAAGGCGUAUCAAAUGGUAUAAAUAAGCUUGUGAAAAAACGAGAGAAAAGUCUGGGCGUAAGUACACUUGGAGCUGGUUGCUUUGGCGACGCGAGGACAUUGCAACGGCUGAACCGGAUGCAUGAGGCCGGGGUCUUGUGUGUGAGUCAUCGGGUGCAGGUAGGCUCAGCUACUCGCCAGCUCCACCCGGUCCACGCAGCAGCAGUUACCGCCGCAACGGUGUCGGAGUGA